AAUGACGAAAGUAGGCAGGUCCUUGGCGUGUCAAUGCCAAAAGUGGCUUCGCUUCUCUAUCGGUUUUUAACUUCAUUCAGCAAAUAGUUCGAACAUGAUUGAUUAACAAAAUUGCCAGUAUCAGUUGCUUUUAAAUUAAGGCGUACAAUGAAAGAUGGUGAUAAUUAUGAAAAUAAUAUCGGCAAUGGAUUAUCUACGAAUACUCACGUAGAUGCCAGUAUCGUGGGGCUCUAUGAAGAGGCAUUGUUCGACAAUUGUGCUGUGCAUUCUGCAGAAAACAUUCAGAGUGAUUCAAGUGAAAGGAAUGAGACCGUUGUACGUGGCCAGAAUAUUACAUCAACCAAGGAAAAUGAACUACUCCCGAAGGAAGUUGUUGAAAAGGCUCUUCCCACUUCCAACCAAUCGGCGUGCAUUCACUCAAUACCAUCUAUAUGCUGCCGCAUUUGUCAGAUAGCAGAUGAUAGUGAACGGCUGAUUUCGCCAUGUUUAUGCAGUGGAACUAUAGCUUAUGUUCACAAAAAAUGUUUAGAACGCUGGCUGAAUACAUCAGGAUUGAUACAUUGUGAACUCUGUCACUACCGAUAUCCAGUUAAAAUGCAGUUAAGGUAUAGUCUAUGGCAGUCUCUUCUGCUAUGGUACAGGCACCCGAAUAACAGAGAUGCCCUGCAGACCGAUUUCCUACUGUGCUCCUUGAUAACGAUAGUGUCUUCCGGGAUCAUUGGGAUGUCAUUAUUAGGAUUGCAUUUACUCCGUGAAAAUCAGUUUGGAAUUUCGAUGAUAUGGACGAAGGGAAGUUUAAUCAUGUUCCUCGUUAUUGUGACCCUUUCAUACCUUGCGAAUGUUUUCUUAAUUCUAAAAGCGCAACUUAAAUCAUGGUACAGGUGGUGGCAGUCGGCACGAGAAGUGAAACUUCUACUGAUAGACAGGAAUAUAUUGCGGGGACAACGUCGCUAUAAGCGGUUUAAACUCCGUCGAGGUGCAAAUAGAACGGAAGAUAUUGAGCAACAAACCGAAGCUUCAAGCAUUUCAAUCUAAAAAUUAAGAGUUAAAUGCUAUUUUCAGAUAUUAAUUAAACAACCCUUCAAAAUAUAUUCACAAAAAACAAUUUAUGUGAGCCGAGAUGGAAUAUUGUAAAAUUAAUUUCAUCGUGAGGGACCGCACCGGAGGGCACGCAUAUACUUCGUAUGCAAAAGCGUGAAUAUCCUCCAACUGAAGAUGAAAUAAAUAAAUACACACAUAUAUGCAUAUGCAUCUGAAUAUUCGGUACGCAUAUACAUUUGGCGUGAAAAAAUGCAAACAGCUGACUGAUAUGAAAUCAAAUGUUCAUAAAAUGAUUGUAUGCGAA